AUGUUGACUUCAUAUGACCUGAAAGUACUUCAGGAUGGCUGCACUGAGGCCUUCCAAUUUAUUGGGAAUUCACACAAUUUUUCUGGGCCCAAAACACACUGCAGCGAUAAAACACCGCUGAAAAUACACAUUCCAGGCAAGUUGUGGGAGUGCUUUUGCACAAGAAGCAUCACAAAAGCUCACAUUGCCCUAAAUGCAUGUUACCAUAUAUGGAAGAUCAUGUGCUCCAUAUCUAGGGUGAAAAUGAGCAGUUCAAAUUCUGCAAAGUCACUUGUGUUUUUUGCAUUUUGCAUUUUCUGGCCUAACCAGCCACUAUUGGGGCCCAACAAAAUUACUGUAGACUCUAUGAAACAAGGGCUACAAGUUGACUAUAUACUUGCCAUAUCUAUUUUGCUGCUGGUUAGGUCACAUGCCAUGUUUGUCACUUUCCAUAUUGGGCUCCAAGCUAGAUGUUACAGUAGGCCCCAAGUCCAUGGGGAAUUGGAUCGUAAUCUCUACAAGCUGAAACAUAAAGUUUUGCAGAACAGUGUUGCAGUUGGCAGAGUUGUCUCAGACAUUGCCACCAGCAGAGUUGCCAUCAUCACCAUUGUCAUUGUUGCAGUUGUUGGUGUCAUGAGAUUUGCCAAGGCAGAAUCCUUGAGGGGUUUAAAUGUGAGGUCCUCUGGGGAACCAAGCGACGUGCAACAGCAUGUCCUCAUAAGUUACCAGCCAACCAUAGUAUUCUUGCUUGUACAUGUUGAGGGGGGACUUUAG